AUGGCAACAUCUCCUCCCGGAUCACCAGGCUUACCACGACCGUCAAGCGCCAUGGUGAAGCCAACACAAAGAAGCAAUAGCCGCUUAAGUAUGAACAGCAGAGUAGGGGGGAGUAGAGCAUCGGAUGAAGAUGGGGGUCGCACUGCUGUAAAAGUUGCUGUUCGUGUGCGGCCACCACUAAAACCCACGGAUCCCGGCUACGAACUGAUUCCCCAGCGAUUUCAACGGUCUAUGGUGCAGACCACCUCGAAUACGGGUAUUUCCAUCGAUUCACCACAAGGGAAAAAGCUCUUCGUCUUCGAUCGAGUUUUUAGUUCUGAUAUUGACCAAGAAGGGGUCUGGGAAUACUUGCAAGAUAGUAUCAGCGCCUUUCUCCAAGGUUACAAUGUCUCUCUACUCGCAUAUGGCCAGUCCGGUGCGGGAAAGUCCUACACGAUGGGAACAUCUGGUGAACAAGGCGACUUAGAGUCUAUGGGUGUAAUCCCGCGAGCUGCGAUGGCUCUAUUCGAGAAGUUGGAGGGUCCCCCGCGAAGUUCGAAUCGUAGUUCCAUGUCCCAACUGCGAACGCCGGCACGAUACUCGAUGCAAACGCCAACACCGAAGGGCGAAAAGAAUUGGCAAUUGAAAGCAACGUAUGUAGAGAUUUACAAUGAGCAGCUUCGCGACUUGCUUGUGCCAGACCAUUUUCAGCAAUAUGAGCGAAGUAACGUCACAAUUCGUGAAGAUCAGAAGGGUAACAUCAUCCUUACUGGCCUACAACAGAUUGAUAUUAACUCAGUGGAUGAUCUUAUGAAUGCUUUAAACUUUGGCUCAACGAUUCGACAGACUGAUGCGACAGCUAUAAACGCUAAAUCUUCGCGUUCGCACGCCGUCUUCAGUUUGAAUCUAGUGCAGCGCAAGAGCAAAUCGCAGAGCGCCCAAGGGGCUAACAAGAGGUUUUCAGUUCCGAUAGAAGCUAUGACCGGAACUGAGACCUGGGUUACAACUGAUAGCAAACUUCACUUUGUUGAUUUAGCUGGUAGUGAACGUCUAAAGAAUACUGGCGCUCAAGGCGAGCGGGCUAAGGAAGGUAUCUCUAUUAAUGCUGGCCUUGCUGCGUUGGGCAAGGUUAUAUCACAGCUUUCAUCUCGACAGGCCGGGUCUCAUGUCUCGUAUCGUGAUUCGAGAUUGACUAGACUCCUCCAGGAUUCCCUUGGCGGGAAUGCCAUCACUUACAUGAUCGCCUGUGUGACUCCGGCGGAGUUUCACUUAAGCGAAACUCUCAACACAGUUCAGUACGCGCAAAGAGCCCGAGCUAUUCAGAGCAAACCUAGGAUACAACAGGUAGAAGAAGGGGACAAACAAGCAAUCAUUGAACGCCUGAAAGCCGAAGUUGCCUUCUUACGCGAUCAGAUCCGAAACGCGGAACGUAGUGGGGGUGAGCGUCGCAAUGUUGCGACAAAUGAGAAGUCCGAGCGGCAAAACGAGCGGGAGUCGGAAUUACAAGAUCAGCUCUUAGACGUUCAGGAAAGUUACAACAGUCUAAGCCAGCGUCAUGCUAAGCUCAUUGCCGAAAUGGCUAAGGCCCGGGAUAACGAAGCUGCCGAGAACCAGGAUCUAGAGGAUCAUGCCGGCGAUACAGCAACAGAAAGGUUAAACCGGUCUAAUUCGUUUGCCCAAGCUGUCGAGCAGGUUGUGUUGGAAUACGAGAAGACAAUACAAUCUCUCGAGCAAUUACUUACCAGCACCCGGGCCACACUCUCAAGCACGGAAACAAGUCUUCUUGAGAAGGAAACGAAGUGCGCUUACGCUGAAACAAUCAAUACUCAGCUACAAAAACGUUUACAAAAACUAAUGGAUCGUGAGGCUAGUACAGAGAGCUACCUUCACGACUUAGAAGCUAAGCUUGACGGCCACACAUCUGGCGAAGAAAAGAAUGCUACCAUCGUCCUAGAAUUACGCAAAGAGAUCGCGCGAAUCCGAGACAAUGAAGCCUCUUGCGAAGAGUAUAUUUCAACCUUGGAGGAGAGACUUGCCGAGUCUGAUCAAGAUCAGGAGUUGAUGCAACGUGAGAUUGACCGCCUUGAACAGGUUAUUGAACGCCAGCGAAGCCUUGGCAAACUCGACAGCCUCCUACACGAACUGGACCAUAUCCAGCCAGAUGGCAAAGAGUCCGACGUCCAAUCCGAGCGCGGAAAAAGCAAUGGACACCGCCGUACCUUGUCGGAGCGAUCGACCAAGAGCCAUGUUAGUCGACAAAGCUUAGGAAUGAGAGGAACUCUUCCUGAAGUCGCCGAAGGUACCGAGGAAGAAGUCAACGAUCAAGAUCACCCCGAUACUGCCAGCGAUCAUGAAGCGGUCGGCAUAGCUAUCGAAACGCCAGAGAGGGUGCCGUCACCUAUGGAAUACCCACCUCAGAGUCCAGCACAAAAUAAAUAUGUUGCCGACAAACUUGAGAAUGUAACUGAAGAACUUGUCGCCCUACGAGUCGAGCACGAGUCAACCAUCAACGAGUACGACAUGCUCCAUGCGAAAUACGAAGAGGCUUUGCGCACCCUAGCAGAAUUACAGGACCAGGUCGAUGAGGCAAGACACCCAACCCGUCAACGCGAUUCGAUCCUGUCAAUAACUUCUCCGAUCGAGACCAGGCCUCAGAGUUUUUUAUCCGAGAUGAGAUCGAGCGACGCCAAAGAUGGGAUGCACUUAUCGCGAUCUCUAUCCUCGGAAUUAUCAUCAGCUAUGGAUUCCCCUACUACUGUUGAUAUUCCAGAGAGCGAAGUGUCUAAACCUUCUGAGUCUAGGGCCACUCUAGUAACGGAAACAGCGAGCGCUGAUAAUAGUGAAGCUCUUGCUGCAGAAUUAGAGAGACUCAAGGCAUUGGCCGAGGAGAAACAGGCAGCGGAGAGAGAACUCGCCGAUAAGUACGCUCAACUAGAGGAAAUGCACCAGGAGACGUUGGAUAUGGUCGAGGAGCUCAAAACCGAAGUGGCCAAGGCCAAAUACGCGGAGCCACCUUCCCCAAGAACGGGUACACCGGUAAUUCGUCGAAAGUCCAGUCAGAAUGUCAUGAUAAUUGAUCGUGCACAUCGAUCAUUUGCAACGCUCAGAAACAUGGCAGCUGAGCACUUCGAGGAGCAGCCCGAUGUUAUGCAGAACUUCGAUCUUAACUUAAACUCAGCGAUGCAUGAGCUACACGUUAGAUCAGAGCGCAUCCAGGAGCUGGAGGCCGAUGUCGCUACCGCGAGGAAAGAGAUGGAGAGCAAGAUGACAAUCAUUUCAGGUUUAACACGUGAGCGAUCCAGCUUGAAGUCUAGUCCUAUUGAUAUUUCAAUGGUUGCCGCAUUAAGGGAGCAGCUAGAGAGGAACGAACGACAACUUCAAGACAUGCAAGAGAGUCAUGCUGCCCGUGAAAAACAACUUGUUGACGAGUUAGAGGCUCUGCGCAUUUCGGUUAAGGAAGCUGCCGAGGUUCGAUCAAUGUCAACGACGCAGACACAGGGUGGGAGCGAGCAAGAACGUGAGUUGCGUGUAGCCCACGAGGCUAAAAUUGCUCAUCUCGAAGCUGAGCUUCUCAGCUGGGAGAGUAAACACAACGCCGCGUUGGAUGCUUUGCAAACAACCGAACAACAAAUGAAGAAAACCAUCACCGAUCUUGAAGCAGAGGUCGCAGCUGCGUAUGCACAGGUCGACGAGUCUCGAGGGCAAACAAAGAGCGACGAGGAAUCCGAGGAAGCGGAAGCUAAGCACCAGGGCCUUGUUGCUACGCUGCGUAGUGAGAUCGAGAAGUUCAAGACGAUCGUUGAUGAUAAUGCUGCCAAGGUGGCUCAACUAGAGCAGGCACAUGCUCUUGCGAAAGAGCAACUCGAAGAGGUUUCUAAAGCACGGGAUAUUUCAUCUGCGGAAUCGCGCGGCUAUCAGGAACUUGUUAGUCGGCUCGAAUUACAAAUAGCAGAGCAUGGGAAGGCCCUCCAGAACUACGAGGAAAACCUAGCUCAGCUCCACAACGACCAUGCCAGAGAAAUCGACGAGGUUCGGGCCAGCUCCAAGGAAGAAUAUGACGCACAAAUCGAUAUGCUCAUGUCAGAGCAUGCUGAAAACAUUAGAUUUUUAGAAAGCGAUGUUACGGAAGCACGCGACGAGCUUAUGAAGAUUGCUACCCAAGUCGCUUUUGCAUUAGGUCUUGAAGUAAGCGUUGAUAAGAUUAGUGAGCGUAUCGAGGACUUGAUUGCGGAUCAAAAGGCUUUGAAUGUUGAACAGCAGAGGUCCAUCGAGCUCGAAGGUCAUAUCGAUGAGUUGUCAGCGAUCAACAACACGAUUAUGCGUGACCUCGAGACUGUAAAAUCUUCGCUAAAUGGCAUACUUCAUCCGGACAACGAAGAUUUGAAGAGCCCCUACUCUUCCGUUACAGAACAGCUUGCAGCCCUGAAGAAGCGGAUGCAUGAUCUCGAGAACAAGAAUAAGAAACACUCUCGUUUGGUAGAGGAAUUGGAGGACCAAUUGCAGACCAACUACGACCAAGCCCAACUUACCAAUAAUAGAUUGUCUACGCUCCAAACUGAGCGCAACACACAAUUAGAAGAGGCCCAUGCGGCGAGAAUCAAAGCGCAGACUGAGUUGGAAACUGUUCGGGAAGACAUGGUCGCCUUGCAGGCUCGUAUCGAGGAGCUUAGCGCUGUCGAUGGACCAAAGCGAGCUGAUUCCACAAGCUCGCAGGUCCGGAAGACAGCAUCCGUUAUCUCUUUACCAUCUCCACCACCCGCCAUCCCUCUUCCCCCGCUCCCACCCGGUGGUGCGACCUCGCCAACUCAAGGUAUCCCACCAGCGUCAAUUGGCGGUCGGCCAACCAGCCAUGAUGUUGCUCUAGCUCAGAUCCGAGAGGACCAGGAGGCACGCAUACAAAGCAUCGAGAGACAUCUAAAGGCUGAAAGACAGCUUACUUCUACAUUAGAAGAAGCUCUGACUGAUCUCGAAAGCCAGUCCAAGAAGAUGAAGGCUGACUGCGAGGCCUGGAGGAAACGUGCCCAAGACCUUGAGACAGAAGUUAAGGAGCUUAAGGAACGGCCUCAACGAGAAAACCGUGACAGCCUUUACCAGAUUGAGGAGGAGCGCAAGAAGCGCCAAGACGCCGAGAGGGCUAGAACCCAUCUAGAGGAGCGCAUGAACGCAAUCAACAACAAGAAAAAGAAGAAAGGUAGCCUCAACUGCUUCUAG